GCAUGGGCAACUUUCUUUCGUUCGGGCGUCGUCUCAUCCGUGUGUGUAUUAUCGACACGGUUGUAUCGCACGGUGGGACGGUUAUUCGAGUCCGAACGUGCGAUCGUUAGCCAUCGAAGUUGUUCCAGUGACUUAAUUUUUUCCUCUUUCUCUCGAGCGUCUUGUGGCGCGGACGGUUAAUUUAUUCGUCGAGAUUCGACGCCGGCGCGGUGAAAAAACUGAUAAAAUCGAGCUAACGCACGCGUACGCGCAAUUUUCCGCUCGGAUUUUUCUCCUUGGCGCGAUUCCUUUCGCCAUUAAUAAUAGUGUGGUCACGCGCCACGGGUUGCUUCGAGUGCGGUGUUUGAUAAAGUGCCCGGCGGCAGUGAAGGUGCCUCGUUCGUCCAGGCGAGAUUCGAUUCCGCGGCGACCUCGUUGUGACGUUCGAAUCAUUAUCUCCCGCGAUAGAUUACGCGCGUAGAGCAGAAAAGUCGAAAAAGGAGACCUCGCUCGCGAGGGGCUUUCAGCUUGGGCGUGGGAACCCCGCAGAAGGAGAAGGCCCGUUACGACCUCGAGGAGGUCGUCGACUGCACGCUGCUGCAACGAGAUACGCCGACGCAGAAUCGUCACCGCAGCCUCCGGCUAUCAAAUUUCCAACAGGAAUAUCCUCCUUCGUCGAUCAAUGUUGAGAGAUCGCUGACACUCGUCGACGUUCUAGUCCCCGAGGACGUCCAGUUAAUGCUGCUACAUCGAUUCUUCCCCCGAAUUUCGACCGACGUUUCAACUCGACGCAAGAGGAUUCAUCGAGACCGAAAGUCACCGACGAUUUCACCAUGAAAAUCGCACUCGCCCUUUGCGCCCUCUCGCUCCUCCUCGCCCUCGCCGCUGCCAAUCCCAUUGUCAAGAGGGCCACUGACAACAAUGCCAUCGACCCCCUCAACGAGGUCUACGUAUUCGCGAACGAGGAGGAGCCUUCUGUGGAAGUCGAAGGAGAGCACGGCGAGCGAGAAAAGAGAAAGAUCGGUAUCGUCAAGCUCGGAGUUACCAACGGCAUAAUCAACUUCGUUUUUGGGAAAUUGGAUGCAUUGAUCGACGCCAAGACGAGAGCGAUAACCGUGCUGGACGAGAGUAACAAAGCGAAGAACGCGGCUUACGGAAUCGACAACACGCAGUCGGCGACAGGUGCCUUCAUCAGCAACCUCAUAGGCCAAAAAAUCCAAGCUGGCACAGCGAGUAUCGGACCGUUGAUAAACAGCGCGACGACCUUCAUUUCCGGUGCCAAGAGCGGUCUCACCGGUGCAUUCGCCUCAAAACUUGGACCUUUGACCUCCAUUGUCGGAGGAUUGUCAGCGGGUUCAGGAGGUUCGAGCAGCGGUGGAAGCGGAGGCAGCGGUGGAAGCGAGCUGAUUGGUUCGCUGUUGGCAGGAUUUAGUCAAGGGAGCGGAGGCCUGGGAAGUUUGAGCGGUGGGAAUAACGACAGCGACGACAACGACGACGACGAUGACGACGACGACAGCAAAUCGUCAAGUGGUAGUAGCGCGGGUGCAGGAGCGGGGAGAAAAAUCUCAACGACGACUGAAGACAUCCCGGUUUUCGAUCGAGUUCACGUCGCCCUGGACUAUCCUCCUCCGGCUCUCGGCACCGGGUUCACUCUUAUCACGAGCGUCAGCAAGAUCCUCAGCAGCAUCAUUCUUAAUUCAGCGCGUCGGACCCAAAGUGUUCUGGAAGUCUUCAAGCCCGUUUUUCGAGGCGCUUUCGCCAUCAAAGGUCUCCCUUCGGACAGGACGCAGUAAAGAAAAAUAAGAGAAUGCUGAGAGAGCGCCGGAAAUAUUGCUCAAUCGAUGGAGUCUGAAAAAUGAGAAUUUAUUUUUUCUCAAUAUUAAUUUAUGAAAAUGUAAAUAACGUUGAGAAACAUACCGAGAGAGAGAGAGAGAGAGAGAGAGAGAAAGGUCGAUUAAUAACAGUGCGAUUGCGCACACUCGUCAAAGGCAGUGGCUGCGAGCCACGAUCCUGUCAAAACUCAUAAACGAUCCUCGCAAUGAUUGUCAACACCUCGCUUCUUCCUCAUCUUUUAAUAAUGUCAUAACACAAACUCUACUGUUCGAUCCUCGACGUUAAUUUCGAGAUAAAAAAUAGUACCUUUUGCAUCCUCACGCAACCCUUCGAAAAAUGAAACAAUUUUUUCGUACUCCUUUCAAAGUCUUUUGCUCAUGGGAAAAUAUAUUUUUCUCUUGCGUGGAAUAAUGAGAAAAUCAAUUCCAUAGAGACGCAGAACAAACACGUAGCCAUAGAUUCUCAGGUGCAUGAAUUUCGUGCUUCUCACCAGACACGAUAAUUCUACUGUAAAAAAGUGCAGCUUAAUUUCUCAGCGAAAACGAUACGGGUCAGAAGUGUUGAAAUACCUUCGCAUUGAUGUACACAAAUGUGCUAUGAAAUGGCUUUUGAAAAGUGUUCGUUUACGAUACGAAUUAUUAAAACGAAUUAUUAAAAAAUAAA